CGACGUCGGGAUUGAUUAGUUGAAAAUUCUUGGAAGCUUUUUGUUUGUUUAGUUAUUCCCUGGAGUCAAAACAAACUUAAUAUAUAGCAAGAUGAUGAUGGCGACUCUCCAAUUAUUCCGUAAUUCAUCAUUCUUCCUUGUUUAAUCUCCUUUUUUUCAGAUAUAAAAAGAUCAUCCUCUACGAAAUUACAGAGUUUUAAGUCGUUCAGCUUUUAGUGAAUUGAAGAAGUUUUCGUGCAGUUGAGAAUUUGAUGGAGAAUUCUGAUGAUCCAUGCGAUGUAGUGGUGAACGGAGAUGAAAAUAACAGACAUGACAGCGUUCCGUCGACGUCGACGAGUUCUUCCUAUAAAUUGUUCGGUCGUCAACGGUCCGUUCACCAGAUGAUGGGUGGCGGUAAAGCUGCUGAUGUUAUACUAUGGAGGCGGAGGCGUGUCUCAUGUGGAUUAAUGAUGGUUGCUACUGUUGCAUGGUUUUUGUUUGAGCGGUCUGGGUUGUCAUUCCUAUCAGUUUGUUGUGAUAUCUUGCUGAUCCUGAUUGUGUUGCGGUUUCUUCGAGCUAACUAUGCUGUUCUUAGGGAAAGACAACUCCAAUCCUUGCCUGAGCUCGUCUUGUCAGAAGAAAUGGUGAAUAAUGCUGCUGCAUCAUUUCGUGCUAAAGUCAAUUACAUGCUGCUUAUGGCCCAUGAUAUCACCCUUGGCAAAGAUUUCAGAGUCUUUUUCAAGGUGGUGAUUGCUUUGUGGCUCUUGUCAGUGAUUGGCAGCUUAAUAUCAUUCUGCACUUUGGCAUAUAUAGGAACCAUUAUCUUUAUUACACUUCCUGCUUUAUACGACAAAUUUGAAGACCGUGUGGAUAGGGUCUCCUCAAUUUUGGUACGAUCAAAGAUGGAAAUUUUGCCUUGGUUUAAUCUACCAACAACAAAGUUUCCCGGUUUCAGCUUUUCCAGCGUUAAGAAUCAUGCACGCACACACGAAAACGAAACAAAGCCCAGUUGGUUGUGAAGUUGCAUGCUGCAUUCAAGACCAGUUAAUUGCGAAUAUGUAUCCCGUAUCUAAGCCUUGUCGUCGUUUUUGCUUUGUUGGAUUUUGGGUAUUUUUUUCACAUUUGUUUUGCUCAUUCUAUUUGAUAUUUUAUCCUUCAAAGUGUUGCAAGAAUGUGUGUCCGCAGACAUGCGGGCAUGCCAAUCUUACGAAGUCCAUCUUAUCUUCUCCAGCUUGUUAAUCCUGCUUACUUUACUGGUCAUGGAACUUGGCAAUUUGCGAGAAAUUCUGAUUUAUUCACAAA